GCCAGACAUCGACGGCUGCUGCCACCAUUUGCCUUCUUCGUUCCUCGUCCCUCGCCCGUCGGUGCGAGCGGACGGGCGGCGUCAUGGGCCAGAAGCGUCGCUCACUCAACUCCUUCAGCGAACGAUGAAGUGCGUUGCGGAGUUCUCGUGAGUGCAGCUGCACCAACAGUCGAAUCUCCUCUCUCUGUCUGUCGUCCGCCGCAAGGCGCAUUGUCGCGCACCUCUCUGACUCGGUCAGAGGUUUGCAGAGCCGUUCGCCCGCCAUUCACCGACCGAUGGAGUCCGCCGCGAGUGCCGAAGAGAAGGGCCAGCGCCGUUGCGACGAGUGACCACCAGAUGAGGGUACGGUACGCAUGGCGAACCAGGCAGAGAAUGGAUCACGCUCACAGGCAUCGGAAGGGUGCAUGCAUACACAAACGGGCGUUUCGUUUGUAUGUGUUGUCGACUGGUGGUCAGUAUUGCAAGGAUAUGUUGGAGAUGUUGGCCGACAACAGGUUGGUCCUGCUCAAGGAGGUCGACAGAGGCGGGUAAGCCGCCGCCAUAGAGCACAGCAAUGUGCGUGUGGGAAUGUGUGUAUCCAUGUGUGUGGGUGGUUGUACGUGAAUGCAGCAAUGCCAUUGUGUUCAAGGUGAACAGUUUGUUGGUGCCAGGGGUCUUCCACGCGGUCAAAGCCAUCCCAAGGGCCAAUUUCCUGUGAGCUGCACCAGCUCACCCACGCACCCCCUCACACCACUACUGCCUGUCUACCUGUCUGCCUGCAUCCACUCACAUUGUUGUUGCUGUGUGGGUAUUCGUUCGUUCAGCGGCCCCGAUGGCCUGUGCAGCGAGGCCGAGAUCCUCGACAAGUACCGCCGCCUCUUCGCCCUUCGGCCCGGCGCCAACCUGUGCGAGAUCCACACAGUACAUCAGCAUGGAAUGGAUAGACGGCGGGGAUCGCGACGAGGGCCGCGUGAGCGAGGCCGACGCGCGGCAUAUCGCACCGAGGGCGCUGCAGGGGCUGCGACAACUACACAGCCACCAAGUAAGUGUAGUGGAUGGAUGGAUGGAUGGACGGGGGAGGGGGGACCCAAACACACCUUCAACCCGUACAUCCCUGUUCUGUCUGUGUGUGGCGUGACUGACAGCUCGCGCACGGGGACGUUUCAUUGCGCAACAUCAUGCGCGACGGCCGACGGGUGGUGUUGGUGGACUUUGACAACAUGGUAGUGUCAUUACAAAACGUAAGUGUGUCGCGCACGGACGCACACAUGGUGGAAUGAUUUUGCUCUCUUGUGUAUGCGCAUCCGUUCGUUCCUGCAGGCACCCGAAUGUUACAAUCGAUUCGAAUGCGGGCUAUGGGUGUGGCCGUGUAAGCCGGCAAUCAAAUCUCCCUUCCAAUACAGUAUUCAAUGCAUACCCCAAUACAAUCUUGGGUGUGUGUGUAUGUGUGUGUGUAGGCCAUUGUCCAGCAGCGGGACACAGUGCUCCGCAGCCAGCACGCGCACCAAGAGGGCUCCGUCGGCUGGUGCAAGAAGGCGCCGGUUCCAUUCGUGUCGGUGAGUGAGCGGAAGUCCCUCACUCUCUCUCUCACUGACUCGUUCACUUCACCUUCAUGUGCCUGUGCAGGAUAAGUUCCUACGCGGCCCGAAUUCCAACCCCAUCAAGGCUUACACACUCGGUGCCAAGGGUAAGUGCAGUGCACCCCACAUUAACACAUAAACAAACAUCCGGUUGUGUGUUGGUGUGGGUGUCUGUUGCAGACGUCGCUGGCUAUGCUAGCGCAUCGUCUCCAUUGGCUUGGCAGGGGUGGUCGCCGGGCGGCGGCUCUCCUCCCACGCGGCCACCGGGGGGCGGCUUCCCUCCCACGCGGCCGCCAGGGGUCGGCUCACCUCCGCUGCACCCGAACACUACUCGCAAGUCGCACACGCGCAGGAACCCUCGCACUGGUACACACAACACUGCUCUCAUGUGUACUGUACGGGACCGCUCUUGAUGGGAUGGAUGUCCUUGUGUGUGUACCUUGGAUGCCUGCAGUUGGUGUGUCGGUGAACUCAGGAACGACCCAGGCGCAGGCCAACGGAGAAAACUUCGCACCACACACACGGCUGGCCAGACAGACAGACAGACAGACAGGCAGGCAGACACGUACAACGCCUGCCAACCCCUACACGCCACAUGCGACCGGCAUGGGCGUGGCCGGCAUCAUGCCCCUGGGCAGCGGCGCUCAGCAUCAGCAGCAGCAGCAGGGGCCGGUGGGGGGAGGGGGGCUGGGGGGAGGCCUGUCGGCUUCGGAGUGCCAUAUCCUGGACACGCUCACUCAGACACUCACUCAGCUGGCCGCCGAGCAAAUGGAGAGCGGCAGCAUGGACCCCGGGGCCAAGCGGGCGGCCUUGCAGGCCAAACUCAUGGAGCUGGCCAACCAGAGUGGGCUGACCCUCAACACGUCCCAGAUGGACAAGAUGAUCCAGCAGGCACAGAACGACGACCAAACCAGAUGGCAUGGCACGGCACGGCACGGCACACACGUAUACAUAUACACAUACUCGAACUGGGGGGCGGGUGGGGUGGAUGGAUGGGAGGGUGGGCGCGGCGCAUUCAUGGAUAUUAGUACGUCCUGGCUGACUGACUGACUGACUGACUGGAUAGCUUAGCUGUGAUGGCUGCUCUGCCUGCGUACUGUAUUGUUGUUAUUGGGUGUCCGUCAAGUCAAAGGUCACACACACAUCAUGUGCACACACACAUCAUGUGCACUGAGGAGAGAGAGAGAGAUGUCCAACAG